AUGAGAAGCUCACCUCAGCUCUCAGUCAAAUCCCUUCCUGGCAAGAUGAAGUCCACCGUCUUCUUCAUCCUUUCUCUGCUCCUCAUUCUGGAGAACCAAGCAGCUGGGAGGAGACUGCAUGAUUCUGUUGGAUCACAAGACCCUCUGUUAAGUCGUGCUUGGGCCAAAUCACAAGAUAUGGAAGAAUCAGUUUCAGGUCGAGGUCUAAAUGUUGAGGGAAGUCACAUUUCAGAUAAAGGAGAAGAGUCCAUGGGAGAACAUGAGGAAUUUGAGAAAGGACAUAUUUGGCACAAUGUAGAAGAUCCUGAGGGAGAACACGUUUCAGUUAGACGAGAACACCUUGAGAAAAGUGUCCGGCCCAAUGAAGAAGAUCCCAAGGGAGAACGUGUUUCAGUUAGACAUGAACACCUUAAGAAAAGUCACAUUCGGCACAGUGCAGAAGAUCCUGAGGGAGAACGGGUUUCACUAAGACAUAAAAGUAUUGAGAAAACUCACAAGCGGUUUCGCGAUGAUUCCAUGGAAGAUUCCACUGAAAGUCUUGAUCGUACUAUGAAAGGUCGCAUUCGUUUUAAGUGACAAGAACCCAUAGUAGCACUAGUUUCCAUGGAAGGUCAGGAUACUGUGAAAGAUAAUCUUUGGGUCAAAAGUCAGGGUGCCUCAGAAGAACGAUUUUCAGUUAAGGGUCAAGAUUCAGUGCAAGGUCACCUGCAGAUGAAAGGACAAAGUUCCAUGGCAGAACGAUCUUCAGUUACAGGUCAAGAUUCUUUGAAAAGUCGCCUGCAGAUGAAAGGACAAGAUUCCGUGGCAGAUCGAUUUUCAAUUACAGGUCAAGAUUCUUUGAAAAGUCGCCUGCAGAUGAAAGGACAAGAUUCCAUGGCAGAAGGAUUUUCACUUGCAGGUCAAGAUUCUUUGAAAGGUUGCCUGCAGUUGAAAGGACAAAGUUCCAUGGCAGAAUGAUUCUCAGUUACAGGUCAAGAUUCUUUGAAAGGUUGCCUACAGAUCAAAGGACAAGAUCUCAUGGAAGAACGAUUUUCAGUUGCAGGUCAAGAUUCUGUGAAGGACCUUGCUCGGAUCAAAGGGCAAGAUGCCAUUCAGUCGGGGUUCUCAAUUAAAAGUCAAGGAUCUGUGAAAGGUCUCACUGGGGAUAUUUGAACCCUAAAGAGGUGGAUCUUGUCCUGGCUGCAGCUGCCCCAGGCCCAGGCCUUCAGGCUCCCUUCUGGUUCAGCUACUGGUAUCACUACCCUCUCCCACACUGCCCCUUUAUCCACCCAUUCUGGAUGCCCAAGACUGGGGGUUGCCUUUUGUCUUCCACUUUUCAAUAAAAAGAUCUCCU